AUGUCUGAAAUCAAGUCAGUUGCGAUUGCAGGUGCAUCGGGCGCGGUGGGGACGCACGUUCUCCAGGCACUGCUCAAUGCAGGCUUUCAAGUCACGGUCCUCACGCGAUCUAAGAAGGCAGGCGCAUACGACGCAAGCGUCAAGGUUGUUGAAGUUGACUUCACCUCUCUGGAAUCAUUGACCGCGGCUCUGCAAAACAUCGACGCGGCAGUGUCCACGGUAGCUGGUGAAGCGAUACCUGUCCAGGGUGUUCUGAUUGACGCCGCCGCCGCCGCCGGUGUGAAACGAUUCAUCCCUUCUGAGUACGGCUCCUGCACAACUCAUCCCGAGCUUCAGACCUACCCGUGGUACGAAGAUGCCUUCAACAUCAGGCAGAAGCUUCAAGAGAAGGCGAGGGCCGGCAAACUCACCUGGACAGUCGUUGCGUGUGGUGCGUUCCGAGAAUUCCUGUUCGAUCGAGGAAUGCUGCUAGACUUUGCGAAGCAUGAGGCGCGGCUGUACGACGAUGGCGACAACAGAGUCAGUUCGACUUCAUUGGCCAACCUGAGCAAAGCCAUUGUCGGAGUCUUCAAUAAUCUCGAAGAGACGAAGAAUAAGAUCGUCCGAGUCUCAGAGGUGAUUGUCACGCAGAACCAGGUAUUGGGGAUCGCGGCGGAGUUGCGACCUGACAUUACCUGGAAGUUAAGUAAAGUCCAGACGAGCGCUCUUCUGAAAGAGGGUCUGGACAGCGCCCGAGCGGGCGACUACAGCUUCCCUACCAUUCUUAAAGUGCUUGGAGGCACAGCUCUGGCUGGUGAUACCUACGGGGCUGCCUUUGACGAGACAGAUAACUCCCUGCUUGGUGUCAAGGAGAUGACGCAGGAAGACUUGAAGAAGCUCGUCGCCAGCAAGCUUGCAUGA